CCCUCUGGCCAAGAGGCGUGGAGUCCUUCAUAAAACAGGCGCUGGGAGCUGUCACCCUCCGAGGCGCAUCCAUCAGUCCCAACGCUGGGACGCUACAGACGCGGAGCAGUGUAGAAGUACUGGAAAGAGCAAGAGACUAGGGUCAUGGCUACAACCAAUGGAACUUUGGAAAACGGGACACCCGACAAGAAGAUGCCUGUCUUGCCGCAUCCCAUCAGAAACCUGGAGGUCAAGUACACGAAGAUAUUUAUCAACAAUGAGUGGCAUGAAUCCAAGAGUGGGAAAAAGUUUCCAACCUAUAAUCCUUCAACUGUUGAGAAAAUAUGUGAAGUGGAAGAAGGCGACAAGCCUGAUAUAGAUAAGGCAGUGGAGGCUGCAAAAACAGCAUUCCAGAGGGGAUCUCUAUGGAGACAAAUGGAUGCCCUAAGCAGAGGCAGACUCCUUCACAAACUGGCCGACCUCAUGGAGAGGGACAGGAUCAUUUUGGCAACUCUUGAAACGAUGGAUACAGGAAAACCUUUCCUUCAUGCCUUCUUCAUUGACUUGGAAGGUUGUAUCAAAACACUCAGAUACUACGCAGGCUGGGCAGACAAGAUACAUGGCAGAACUAUUCCAGCAGAGGAAAAUGUUUUGUGUUAUACCAGGCAUGAACCAAUAGGUGUAUGUGGAGCAAUUAUUUCUUGGAACUUCCCAUUGAUGUUGCUUAUUUGGAAGAUGGCACCAGCCCUAUGCUGUGGGAAUACCAUCGUUAUUAAGCCAGCUGAACAGACACCCCUAACAUCACUUUAUCUUGGAUCUUUGAUCAAAGAGGUGGGAUUCCCUCCUGGAGUAGUGAACAUAGUUCCAGGUUAUGGACCAACAGCAGGAGCAGCGAUUUCUUCACAUCCUAAGGUUGACAAAAUAUCUUUCACUGGAUCAACAGAGGUUGGAAAGCUCAUCAAAGAAGCUGCUUCUAAAAGUAAUCUUAAAAGAGUAACUCUAGAGCUUGGAGGGAAAAAUCCAUGUAUUGUUUGUGCUGAUGCUGAUUUGGAUUUGGCAGUGGAGUGUGCCCAUCAGGGAGUGUUCUUUAACCAGGGCCAGUGCUGCACAGCUGCUUCCCGAGUGUUUGUGGAAGAACAGAUCUACCCUGAAUUUGUCAAGCGGAGUGUGGAAUAUGCCAAGAAAAGACUCAUUGGAGACCCAUUUGAUGUCAAGACUGAACAAGGGCCACAGAUUGAUCAAAAGCAGUUUGACAAAAUUCUGGACCUGAUAGAGAGUGGAAAGAAAGAAGGUGCUAAAUUGGAAUAUGGGGGCUCAGCCAUGGAAGAUAGGGGGCUAUUCAUAAAACCUACAGUGUUUUCAGAAGUUACAGACAACAUGCGAAUUGCCAAAGAAGAGAUCUUUGGACCAGUACAGCCAAUAAUGAAGUUCAAAAAUAUAGAAGAAGUUAUAAAAAGAGCAAAUAGUAUUGAGUAUGGACUCACUGCAGCUGUAUUCACAAAAAAUAUUGAUAAAGCAUUGAAACUGGCUUCUGCGUUAGAGUCCGGAACAGUCUGGAUCAAUUGUUACAAUGCCAUCUAUGCACAGGCUCCAUUUGGUGGCUUCAAAAUGUCAGGAAAUGGCAGAGAACUAGGCGAAUAUGCUCUGACGGAAUACACAGAAGUGAAAACAGUUACUAUUAAACUCAAUGAAAAGGACCAUUGAAUGGAAGAGAUCCUUCCUUAAGCAUCUGACAUUCUGAAUGUGGCAGAGAAAUUUUGUAGAACAUAGCACUUCUUUAAAACAACAACAACAACAUUGUAUUUCUUCUAGGACUUUUAAAUCUACCAGAUUUUGAAAGAAGUUUUCUCUCACUCAUGUCCACCUUCAUUCAUCCAAACUCUGGAGGGCUCCAUUAGCCACCUGUGAAUUUUGUCAUACUUUAUGGUAAUCAAGUUAUCAAUUAUUUUAGAAUUUUACCCCUUUAGACCUGGUCACAGGGGACAGUGGAGAAGCUCAGGGCAUUGUUUUAAAAAGUGUUUCUAAAAACAAUGAUGUUUGACUCAUCUUGAAAAGCACUUGGCCGAAUUUCUUGUUUCUGUUAAGAACUCGGGGAAAAAAAUAAAAUAAAAAACAAACCCUAUACCUAGAAAGGAGAAACUCUAUAAUUUAUAGUGACAGGUCUUGCCAAAGACCUCUUCCCCUAUCCAGGUUCCAACAAAGACCAGCCCACCUGAACUCUGUGGUUCAUCCUAGUCUUGAUAUUAAGUACAACUGGACAUGGUCAUUUAGCCAAAGGUUAGGUAAAAAACACACAAAUUAAAUGACAUUAAUUAGUGUAAACUUUAACUCUACUUGAAUUUGAAAACUACAAUCCUGUGUCAGGUUCCUUCAUAAAAGAGUAUUGAUAUCAUGAAAGGAUAGGAUGAAUGGUGAUUAAUUUGACAGUCAAUUAUCUUCAUUCAUAAUAUGGUAUGCAUUCAUUACUUGGCUUAAAACUGUUAUGUAUGUCCCCAAAACAUCACUCAUUCAGUAGCUCCAAAAACAUACAUACAACAUAUAUAUCCUGGGAAGCACUUUCUUUUUUAGAGGAAAAAAGAGACUUUUGCACUGCAUUUCCUAGAAAAAUUUCCUUUAUCUUAUAAAGUCUUGCAGCUUGGUAUAUGUUUAACUUUGAAGAUAGUAUGGGAGACUCACAGCAGUUUCACUGAAAGCCCUACAUAUCUAUCCUUAGGAUAGUAGAGUGGAAAUAUUAAUCAAUCAACAUUUAUUAAGUGCCUACUACAUGCCGGGUACUGUGCUAUAUAAGCUCUGGGAAACAACCAAUCAAGUAGUUAUUAUGCACUUCCUAUGUGCCAGGCACUGUGCCAAGCACGAGGCAUUAACAAACUACUUAAAAUAAGAAUUCUUUCCCCCAAAAACUGCAGUUCUGUAGCAGGUAGUAAUGCUCUGUGGUAAUCCCUAAGAUCUUCUUUUGCUCUCUUCUCUCUGGAGCACUGAUUAUAAAUAACAAGUCCUGCUUGUUGUUUGUUUUAAGUAGUAACAAUUCAAUGAAAUAGGUAGCAUAACUAUCAUUACCCCCAUUUUUCAGGUAAGGGAACUGAAGUUCGCCAAGUUUCAGUUGUCCACAGUUAGGUGGGAGUUUGAACUCAAACCCAGAUUUUUCAACUUCAAGUCCCAGAGCUCUUCCCACUAGACCAAGCUGUUUACUGAUCUGUCUUGCUUAGUUAGACUUAUAUAAUACUGGAAAGAUUGGUAUCAUCUAACCUUACUUUUAGAGGUCUGCUACUCGAAUUGAUUUCUAAUUGAUUCAGUAAAUAAUAAUUUGGACUGAGUGGAGGCAAAAGGUCUCUUACUGUAUCUGAGUGGUUUAGGAGUAUUACUUUUUUUAUAAAGUUGUGAAUUUUUCUCUCCUUUUUAUAUAACAAAAAAUUAAAAUGUUCUAUAAUUCCUAACUUGGGAAUGCUAUCAAUUUUCCUAUUUGGCACUGAAAUAUCAAAGCUUAUUUAAAAAAAUAAUUCUUAAGGUAUACUUUUAGUAUCACUUAACUGGUAUUGUUUUUUCCCUUGAUGUGAAAAAAAAAAAAAAAACCCAC